ACAAAUUCACCCAUCGAUGGCUACAUGUCAAGCAGGAGAGGGAAUGUGGCAAGCGAACUAUUGAGAAGAAACGAUAUUUCAUGCCUGAAUCCAGUCACUGUGCGACAUAUUCUUGAGAAACAUACAACAUGGCUUUAACAAGACCAGUAUCGGCCAACAUUGAAGGCAGCUUGAAGCUGGCACCAUCGAGGGAGAACACAGAUGCCAUCAUUGCCAGUAAGACAAUGACAAGGGCGGCACAUCGAGCAGCGCUAGGUGACAUUGGAAACAAAGUUUCCAAGAUGACCAUCGAUGCCAGUAAGAAGCCAGUCAAGAAGGAAAUCAUUCAAGCAGCCAAAGGAAGGACGUUGCAGAAAAAUAAAGCAACAUCAUCAUUGAAAUCAGCAGACAUUGAAAUUUACAGGGACAAGGAACCUGCUGUGAUCGUGGAAGUCCUUCCAACAUUUAAGACUGAGCCCACACUGCCAGAAUGCGAGCCUGUGUUAUCUGCUCCUGCCCCUAUGGACAUUAGUGACGAUAAGCCAGAUGCCUUCAGUCGAGCACUACUUACAGUGGAAGACAUUGAUGCCAAUGAUAGGGAUAACCCACAACUAGUCAGUGAAUAUGUCAACGAUAUCUACUCCUACAUGAGAAUAUUGGAGGCUAAACAUUUUGUAAAACGAAACUAUUUGGAAGGAAGAGAAGUUACUGGCAAGAUGCGAGCUAUACUGAUUGACUGGUUGUGCCAAGUUCACCAUCGCUUCCACUUACUGCAGGAAACCUUGUACCUCACUGUAUCCAUCAUAGACAGGUACCUUCAGGUGAAGCAAGUGAGCAAGAACAAACUUCAGCUGGUCGGAGUCACGGCAAUGUUAGUAGCUUCCAAGUACGAGGAGAUGUAUGCACCAGAGGUGGCUGACUUUGUUUACAUCACAGACAAUGCUUAUUCCAAAGCAGAUAUCAGGGACAUGGAGCGAGAUAUCCUCCGCUCACUAGAAUUCAGUUUUGGAAAGCCCCUCUGUCUCCACUUCCUCAGACGAAACUCCAAAGCAGGCCAGGUUGAUGCCAUGAAGCACACACUGGCCAAAUACUUGAUGGAGCUGACAAUCGUAGAAUAUGACAUGGUGCAAUAUCUUCCAUCCCAAAUAGCUGCAGCUGCCUUGUGCCUUUCUAUGAAAGUUCUUGACAGUUCUCAGUGGAAUGACACCUUAUCCCACUACAGCACGUAUUCAGAGAAAGAUCUCCUUCCAAUCCAGCAGAAAUUGGCUCACUUGGUUGUGAAAGCUGAAAACAGUAAAUUGACAGCUGUGAGGACGAAAUACUCAAGUUCCAAGUUCAUGAAAAUUAGUACAGCAGCAGAACUCAAAUCCCCAGCGCGCUUCUUGAAUUGGCAGCAGCGGCUACGUCCAGUUAACACUGUCUCUGUACCUCAAGCGGGCUGUGAUCAUAGGGACAAGACUAUUUUAAUCAUGUAUCAAUUGACCGGAUUCUUAGGACAUUGGAAUGUGGAUUAUAAGGCACUGUGAAAAAGUUCUGUGAAUUCCUGUGGAUUAUGGAAAUGUUGCCAUGUCUUUCAGCUGUGGAUUUACACAAGACGGUGAACUAUUGUCAGCUCUUUUGUUUCAGAUGAAUUCUCUUUUGCAAAGCUAAUGCAUGCUCUAAUCAUGAUGCUUUUAAACUUGAUUUGUCCAUCUAUAUAAAGUGAAAUGUUAGAGAAAUUGGUUUUAACAUGUCUUAUUGUAUCAUGAGUUUCUAAGAACUGCAACAUAAUUUUCAUGUUUUAUUAGAAAAGGAACAAUCACUGUAGAAUUACUUUUAACAGUUUUUAGCAUUUACAAUGUUUUGUUCACAAGUUGAAUUAUUUGUGCAAAGGUUUCUUGGAUCAGUCGCAACUGUAGUCAGAUUCAUGACUCCUCUGCUCAAAUCAUCCAUAUUUUGAACUACUUUAGGAUUUUCUACUUCAUCACUAAAACGUUUUAUCCAAGGUAAAAUCAGACACUACGAAGCCACAUGUACUUGAUUUUAUCCACUGCCAAUUACUAGAAAUGUUCAAUCAUGACUUUAAUUUUAAUGUCUUUGGUUAAAGUCUGUGAUUUUAUCCAUAUUGACAUGUGUAUAUUUUGUAAAUAAACUUUAUGGAAUAAACUUAUUUAUUGUGUUACAUUA